AAGCGCAAAAUCCAAACAUAAAUAAAUAAAUAAAUACCAAUAUCAAAAAAAAAAAGAAAAAAUAAAUAAAUGAGAGACUUGGUAACGUGUACUUAUAUUUGCGAGUGAGAAGAAUGAAAUCGAGAAAAAAUCCAUAUGAAGCAGAAAUUGUAGAAAGACAUUGAAAGUUUGAACAAAAGAGUUAAUUUUUGGAACACAUAAUAAAAAUGAAAAGCGUCCAUGCGAUCGACAAAACAUUUGAUAUAUAAAAUUAAAUUCUCUAAAAAUGUGAAACUUUGCAAAAAAAUAAAAAAGUUAAUGUGGUUAAAAAAACCCAUGAGUUUCAGAAAGAAAGUUGACACUUAUUCCACGUUAGCAAGUAUACACACACACAUACACACACACAGGAGGUUUACAGUGAAUGUAUGAAAGGAAUUCCACUUACGUGAUGAUUUACACAUAAUGAGCUGCUGCGUUUCAUAGGAACUAAUGGUGUCUAGUGACAAUGCCGUCCGCAAAUACCGAAGAACUGCGGCGAAAGUUUACUAUUGUUCAGCAGAGAUCGGCACCGCCUGUUUUCGUAACCGGCGCAACAUCUACAAACGCGUCGAAUCCUUUAUACGACCCACUAAAUUCUGCUGGUAUACCAUUAAAUUGUACAAGCGCUCUAAUGAGUGCUUUGCCAGAACCCGAAAGAACUUAUGUUUUUCCAGGUCCCGUUGGCCCUGGAGGAAGCGGUACAGAUAAUCCAGCCACCGUUAUACCGGGCGUGGCGAUAGUGAAUCCAGUUAUACACACACUCACCAUUGGUAGUGUUCGUGGUCACGCACGUUCCAUAAGUCACGGUGGUGGGGUUAUUGUGGGUCCAAGCGCCAGACCAAUUAAAUCCGCUCUAAAAGGACAUCAACGUGCUUUCUCCCAAGGACAGAUAGCCGACUCCUCUAACAACACGGCGUCGCCGCGCGGUCAUAGUCGUGUCGGCUCUAAAACCGAAUUCAUUCUCCCGCCUGGUCACAAGGAAGAAAAUGAGACUCGAGAGUUUGGUCCUUCAUUAUCAUCUGCGGCCGCUGGUCGUGGCCAUUCACGUCAAGCGUCACGUUCUGAAUCCAUCUACACCCUGCGUCGUUCCGAAACACCGCCUUGGUGGAAACGAAUAGGUGUUUGCCAUGCAGAGAAAUCCGAAGAGCGAAGUUUCCGCAUUGUAGUGGCAAAUCACACAGUGCCACCGAAAACUCCAAAACGUGAACAUCCAAAUGGUCACUUCGUUGGUAACAAAAUCCGCACUACCAAAUAUACACUGCUGUCGUUUAUACCGAAGAAUUUAUUAGAGCAAUUUCAUCGUGUCGCGAAUUUAUACUUUAUAUUCAUAGUUUUACUUAAUUGGUUUCCAGCCAUUAAUGCAUUUGGCAAAGAGGUUGCCAUGAUACCGGUACUCUUUGUUUUGGGUGUAACUGCCGUUAAAGAUCUAUUCGAAGAUCGAAGACGUCGAUUUUCAGAUGAAAGAAUAAACAAUAGUACGUGUCGCGUUUACGAUGGUGAAACAGACCGCUAUAAAAAAGUAAAAUGGCAAGAUGUUAGGGUUGGUGAUAUUGUGCAUUUAUCAAAUAAUGAAACGGUACCUGCGGAUGUAUUGCUGUUGCGCACUAGUGAUUCCCACGGAGUCUGUUAUAUUGACACAUGUGAUUUAGAUGGUGAAACAAAUCUCAAAAGACGUGAGGUUGUGCGUGGUUUUACCGAUAAACAGUAUAUAUUUACACCCAGUAAAUUUAUAAGUCGUGUGGAAGCGGAUGCUCCGACCACAAAAUUGUAUCGUUUUCAUGGAGCCUUACUCCAUUCUUCAGGUGGGCGAGUACCAAUAUCAACAGAAUGUUUAUUACUAAGAGAAAGUAGACUUAAGAAUACUGAUUUUGUGGAAGGUAUAGUAGUAUAUGCCGGUCAUGAAACUAAAGCAAUGUUAAAUAAUAGUGGACCACGUUAUAAACGUUCCAAAGUGGAACAACAAAUGAAUAUAGAUGUGAUAUGGUGUGUGAUAAUAUUGAUAAUACUCUGCGUUGUGGGUGCCGUGGGUUGCAAAAUGUGGCUUAGCUCAUUUCAAAAGUUUCCUGUACCUUACUUACCGUUUCAAGUGGAUCCCAGCUAUGAAGGCCUUUUAACCUUCUGGACAUAUAUCAUAAUAUUACAAGUUAUGAUACCGCUUUCGCUAUAUGUGACUAUAGAACUGUGCAAAAUUCUACAAGUAUUCCAUAUACAUAACAACAUCGACCUUUUCGAUCAAGAUACCAAUAAAAAAACUGAAUGUCGUGCGAUGAAUAUCACCGAAGAGUUGGGGCAAAUACAACACAUAUUUUCGGAUAAGACAGGUACACUCACUGAAAAUAAAAUGUUAUUUCGUCGAUGUGUAGUUAAUGGAAACGAUUAUAAUCACCCACCGUCCGAGUUGGAAAAGUCAUAUUCCAAGCCGGGUUCACCAAUUCCCCCAUUGAUGAUAAACACGAAUUUAUUAAAUGACUUGUCAAACUUCACUUCCGUCAGCCAGAACGUGUUGCACAAUUCGCAACGUAUACAAGAAUUUUUGGUUGUAUUAGCAAUUUGUAAUACAGUGAUAGUUAGUGCAGGACCACAUCGAGAUAUAAUGAACGCCAGUGGAAUUAUCGAGGUACAAAGUAAUAAUACUUCUUUGGUAGAGGAGCAACCUUUAGCGUCGAAAGGAGCUAUGUCUCAAAACCGAGGUGAAAUGACAAGCUCUCCUCCCAAAACUCCACUGAACAGUAACAGAUUGGGCUCAGCUAUACCAGCAGAUCGUUACAUGCGCUUAUCUGAAUCUCGUUCUGUGACACCGUCACCACCGCCUAAUUUCAGUUUUAGCCUACCCACUAUUCAACCGCAUAUACCUUCCCUUUCGCCGAUUAGCAGUUCAGCUGAAACAACGCCCACUUCAGAGUCACCACCCAUGAAAAUGAAAUCGUUAUCUCAGACCAUAUCACCAACAGGUAGAGCUAAAGCGGUUUUAAAUUCUAAAAUAACCAGCUUAACAACGUUUCUGAAUGCCAGAACACACGCCAAACGUUUAGCCAACAAAUUGCAGCAACAAAAAGUUCAUCAAAGAUGUCAAACACCUGAUGAUCGCCCCCUAUAUGAAGCUGAAAGUCCCGAUGAAUUAGCUUUGGUUAAUGCUGCCUAUAGUUAUGAUUGCUGUCUUAUUAAUCGCAGUCCUAAUCGUUUAUUGGUUAGUGUUCCUAAUUUAGGCUUGGUGGAAUAUGAGGUCUUGAAAAUCUUACCGUUUGACUCGUGUCGCAAGUGUAUGUCGAUUAUCGUUAGACGUUCUGGCACUCAGGAAAUUACCCUAUACACCAAAGGAGCCGACAGUUCUAUAAUGCCUGUAUUGGCUUCUUGUUCGCCCGAUUCGCCAGAAGGUGCAAUACGUGAAAAAACCCAACACCAAUUGGAUCAUUACGCUCGAGAAGGCUUACGCAUACUGGUGAUGGCGAAACGUAAUAUACAACCUGCAGAUUACACAGAUUGGUGGACUAAACAUCAAGAAAUUGAAAUGUCUUUGGAAAAUCGAGAGCGUCGUCUACGAGAAUCUUUCGCAAAAUUAGAAAAUAAUCUCAUCCUAUUGGGAGCGACAGGUAUAGAGGAUCGCUUACAGGAAGGCGUACCAGAAACUAUAACAUCGCUUCUCGCAGCUGGUAUUUCAAUGUGGGUUUUAACCGGUGAUAAACCGGAAACUGCCAUUAAUAUCGCCUACUCAGCAAAACUAUUUACACAAGAAAUGGAGUUGAUAAGAUUAACAGCCCGCUCCAGAGACUCUGCAGAAGCUGCUAUUAAUUUUUAUUUAAAUGAUAUGGAGGUUAGGAAAAACUCAGCUUUUCAAUAUAAUAACACGCAAUCAAAACCUCAGUCUCUAGUGGUUGAUGGCAAAACAUUGACUUUUAUUUUGGAUUUAAGAUCGAAAUUGAUAAGACCAUUUUUAAAAUUAACUACGAAUUGUGCGUCUGUACUAUGCUGCCGCUCAACUCCGUUACAAAAAGCCUAUCUAGUUAAGGUGGUGAAAGAGGAACUCAGGCUGUGUACUUUAGCUGUAGGCGAUGGAGCUAAUGAUGUGUCGAUGAUACAGAUGGCAGACGUGGGUGUUGGUAUAUCGGGGCAGGAGGGUACACAAGCAGUUAUGGCAGCUGAUUUUACUUUAGCAAGAUUUCGGUAUUUGGAGCGUUUACUACUAACCCAUGGUUAUUGGUGUUACGACCGCUUGUCACGUAUGAUUUUAUACUUUUUCUAUAAAAAUGCUGCCUUUGUGUUUUUAAUAUUUUGGUAUCAGUUACAUUGUGGCUUUUCUGGGACAGUGAUGAUGGAUCAAAUGUAUUUAAUGCUUUACAAUUUGAUAUUUACUUCUUUGCCUCCUUUAGCAAUAGGCGUUUACGACAAACGUGUGCCAGAGGAUUUACUCCUAAAAAAUCCUUACCUAUACAAAAAUGGCCGGUUGGGUGUCGUUUAUAAGCCACAUGAUUUCUGGGUAAUAUUAUUGGAUUCUUUGUAUCAGAGUUUAGUGGUGUUUCUGGUAGCUUUAUACGCUUAUGUCAAUAGCGAAGUCGGUAUAUGGGAGUUUGGUGCUACCAUAACUGCUUCCUGUCUUUUCACGAAUUUAUUGCAUGGUGCCAUUGAAAUACGCUCGUGGACUAUGUUGCAUGUACUUUCGAUCAUUUUCAGUUUAGGUUCCUUUUAUUUGUUUUCUAUUAUCUACAAUUCCAUGUGCGUUAAUUGUUUUGGCCUUCCCUCCAGUUACUGGGUGAUAUUCCGUUGUCUUACAUCCACCAUACAUUGGUUAGUUAUUGUUAUAUCCGCUGUUGUUGCCAUAUUGCCUCGACUACUGUUUACCACCUUAAGGACAUCAUUUUGUCCGCACGAAAGCGUCAAAGUGUUACUGCAUAGCAAACGUGAACGCAGUAGAGGUGAGGGUUUAUUAGUUACUUGGUCAAGGUCAACAUCUGCUUCAUCAAUUUAUAGAAUCACCGAUUAUGGGUCUAAGAAUCAAAUUAUAACAUCAAUUACCUGAUUAUUGCUUACAACAAGCUGUCAACGCGCUUAACACAUUCUUUUAUUUUAUAUAUUUUAUAGAAUUGUAUUUUGGUCUUUUUAUGAAACUUAUUUAUUCAUUUUUUUAUUCCACAGACGUACCUAUCGCCUGUAAAUUAAUGUUAAACAACUUUGCUCUUAUAGCCUCCACUACUUGUGUGGCAGGAUACAUUAAGAUUGGGGGGAUGUAAAAGGAAAUUAGAGGGGAAAAGAGAUUAAAAUAGAUCCAGUUUUUAUUAUAUCGAUCGGCUCAAAUUCGGCUUGUGAAUCCAUUCAAGCAUGUCUGUUUGUCUGCCCGCCUGCCUGUCCACGUUUUGUCAUGUCCAACUUGCAAUUCGCAAGUUUGGAGAUAUUUCAAUGAUAUUUAGUACAUUCGCGUGUUUUGGUCCCGUAGAAGCUGGAAAAAUUUCAAUUUUCUAUGUCUCGAUAAAAACCCCUGAGUGACAUUAAAUGGAUGAGGAAAACUUAGUUCGAGUGGGACGAAGCUUUGAACGAGUUCUUACGUGAUCGGUCCUAUGAAGAACAAGAAGGUAUAUGACAAAUCUAGAUCUAGGUCCAUUUUGCCAUCUCCUACGACGCAUAAGGAUUCUGACAACAAGCACGUUUUGCACGACAAAAAGUCCCUUUUUUUAAUAUUUUUGAUGAAAAUUACUCUACAUUAGAUUAAUUUGACAUAGAAAUUAAUCGUACCAUAUUUGGACGUAUUGGACAAGGCCUAUUUUUCGGAUCUUACUUCUUCGGGUAAGAGCGCUUAUGAAAAGAACAACUGUAAAAGGAGCUAAAGCUUAAUAUUUAGUACUUGAUAAGUUGCAAUAAUUAUCUUAAACAAGAAGAUUAAUUUCGUUAAAUUUAUACCACGUCGUUUCCAUGUUAGGGUUCUAAAAAAAGCUGGAGAAAAGCUAUAAUAGUUGACAUUUUAUCAAGAAAACAAAUAAAAAAUUCUACUAGAAGGAAUGAUAUAUGGUGUCUAAAUGUCGGCCUUCCCUGACUGAGAUGUUUUUACUUCUUUUAAUAUAAUUUUGUUUAAACGUUACCUUAAAAAUGGGAGCAAAUAUAUAUUUCGUUUUUAACACACUGUCGUAACUAGAUUUUAACAUGGUACUUAAAUUGACCGAAGUAGUUAAAACUAAAUUAUUCCUUUGUUAAAUGCCAGUAUACUUAUAUUGCCGAUGUGGGAAAAUGAUUAUUAUACUAUUUUAAUAACUUGAGAAACGGUAUAAAUAAACUUGACAUUGUCAAUCCGCACAUUUGAGUCCGGACUUACUUACAAAGGUAGCUCACUGAAAGGUAACUUCCUCAAAAAUGUUCUGCAACAGUAAAUGAAAUUGACGCAUGUGAAGGAAUGUCACUGUAAUUGGGUGAAAUGAAUAGCCCAGUUAUCCAUUUUUUACAGCACGUAGAUUGCACCAAUUUUUUUGUCGACGUUUUCCCAUCAUCUUAGGAAUAAACAUGUUCCGACUCUUUCAUUUAUAAAAAACAUGGUGUUUCGAGAAAAACGCAUCUGAAAUACAUUAUAGACAUGUUCUUUUAUUACAGGAAGCCCUUUUUAUUUUUGUCCAUUCCCAUUACCCAUUACCUUUCGUGUUCAAAUCUCAUUCUGUUUGCCCGAUUAUUUUGUGCACGACGUAAUCGUAGGUUUUGUGAAAUGACACAUAAAAAAUGAAAGUAUAUAAUUUUAUAGCGAAACUUAUAACAGACGCUAGAGCCUUCAUCCCAAUCUUUUAAUUUCUUGCCAGAAGUGCUGACAUCUUUUGAAUCGUUUUCAGCUUCAUAUUCAAGGCACAUCUUAACGAAGUAACACUAAAGCCUACGUUGAAGCUACGUUGAAACACUUUCAAAAUGCUUUCCAGAGGUAUCUAUCAGUGCCUUAGAGAGAAAGUAGAAAGCAAUAGGUAAGACAUUAAAUUGCAACUUCCCAGCAGGGAUUCAUUUGACUUAAUCGCGAAUUUCAAAAAAAAAUUUCUUUCGGGUAGUGAAUUUUUUCGAUAUAAUCUAGAAGGUACGAGCCAUCUAUCAUGUCAAUAAACAAAACUUUCCUUUCCGAAAAAUUGGUAGCGGUGCGCCACCCUUACGCUUAGAAAUUAUCGUAGUCUGUUCACAAUUACGUUGAAUAGAAAUGGGCUAUGUCGAUAGUUAACAAUUUGAAACGGAUUUUUAACCAAGACGAGUCGCUGGUCCGACCUAAUUUUCUAGUUCACUUUUGUCUCAUUCAUAAAUUAAAACUUAUUACAGAGCCUUUUUUUAACCUUUUAAUUACUGAAUGGGUCUUUUUCUUCAAAUUAUCCAUGUCGCGUUAGUGUCGUUGAUAUUUU